UAGAUCAGGGGUGUCAAACUGGUGGCCUUCCAGCUAUUGCGAAACUACAAGUCCCAUCAUGCCUCUGCCUUUGGGAGUCAUGCUUGUAACUGUCAAUCUUGCAAUGCCUUAUGGGACUUGUAGUUUGGCAACAGCUGGAGGGCCGCCAGAUUGACACCCGUGCCCUAAUUGCAGACAAUGUAGAGCAAACUGGCAGCCCUCCAAAGCCAAACUACAAGUCCCAUCAUGCCUCUGCCUUUGGGAGUCAUGCUUGUAACUGUCAGCCUUGCAAUGCCUCAUGGGACUUGUAGUUUGGCAACAGCUGGAGGGCUGCCAGUUUGACACCCGUGCUGUAGA